AUGGAUGUAUUUGAAAACUUUGAAGUUACCGAAGAAGAUUUAGCACAAAUAGAAAACAUUGAAAUAAACUUAUUGAAUUCAAGUUUUCACAUAUCUUCAGAAGAUGAGAAAGAAAAUAUUUCAGCAUUUCCGUCGAACAAACGUCGCCGCCGUAUUAUCCGCUCGGAAAGUGAGGACAGUGGAUUAGAAAAUACGACACCGGAUUUGCCAGAUCACACUCGAACUGAUGGCGGUGGAUGGGGACCGCCAGAAGGUAAACAACGUCGUUUGAUUGCAUUCACUGACAUUUCGGGACCAUCAUACGCUGUUCGAUCUACAAUGGUAAAUAAGUCUCCAUCUGAUUUCUAUUCGCUUUUUGUCACUGACGAUAUGUUGCAUUUUUUUGUUUCUGCAACUAACCAAUACGCUAUUGAGCAAAUAACUAUGAAACCUAACGCUUCUGCUGGUGCGCGCAUCAAACAAUGGGUUCCAACUAACUAUACAGAGAUGAAAAAAUUCUUGGGCAUGCUUCUCUUCAUGGGUGUGGUCAAACUACCAAAAUUAUCGGAUUAUUGGUCGAAGGACGAAGUUAUCGGUCAUCCUUUUCCUAGAACUGCUAUGUCACGUAACCGCUUCGAAAUUCUGCUUCGCAUGUUGCAUUUUUCUGAAGAUGACGAGAAAAACAAGGCCGAUCGACUUCAUCGUGUAAGGAAGCUAAUGAACGAUUUGAAUGAGUGUUUUCGGCAACAUUAUACGGCAAAUGAAGAUAUUUGUAUCGAUGAGAGCAUGGUGCCAUUUCGUGGAAGGAUUUUAUUUAGGCAGUAUAAUAAACAAAAGCGGCAUAAGUAUGGUGUCAAACUAUUCAAGCUGUGCUCCAUUCCUGGAUAUACACACAAAGUUAAUAUCUACGCUGGAAAAAACAUGGACACUAUAAACACAACACCCACAAAUGUUGUGAUGAAUAUGUGUGAAGGCUAUUUUAACAGGGGGCAUACUUUGCAUACCGAUAAUUGGUAUACCAGUAUUGAUUUGGCGCGAAGACUUUUGGAGAAGCAAACUCAUCUUGUCGGGACAGUCAAGAAAAAUAGGAGGGGGCUUCCUAAAAAAGUAACCAACACGAAACUCAAGAAGGGACAUUACUGUGCGGAGGAGAGCCGAGAUGGAAUAACGGUGAUGAAGUGGAAAGACAAGCGCGAUGUUCUUGUUUUAUCCACAAAGCACUCUGUGCGCUUCGUUGAGAUCAUAAAACGUGGACAGGUUGUGAAGAAGCCUCAAAUCGUUUUGGAAUACAAUAAGGCCAAAGGAGGUGUGGAUUUAGCAGACCAGAUGGCUUCUUAUUCAACUCCACUUCGCAAAUCCAUCCGAUGGUACAAAAAAAUUGCAUUAGAUAUGCUUCUAAAUAUAGCUAUGAUCAAUGCUCAUGUUUUGUACCAGUCUGUAACCAAAACAAAAAUAAAAGUAACAGAUUUUAGAGUUGCAAUUUUGAAAUCAUUCUGUGCUAAACAACAAGCAGAUGAACCAGCCUUAACAAGACCGAAAAGACAGAAACAUAUUUUGGUGAAGUUAGACGGCCCAUCAAGGAUGACUAGACGAAAUUGUGGAGAAUGCUACAAAACGAAUGUCAAAAACUUGGGUCGCUUACAAGCACGAAAUAAGACGAAAAAAGUAAACACUUUUUGUAGCGUUUGUCCUGAAAAGCCAAUUUUGUGCCAUGACUGUUUCUUUAAACUGCAUUUUUAG